AUGUAUCGACUAGCAAAGAAUCUUUCCCGUGGCUAUGCCACAGUUAGCGGUCGCAAAAAUGUUGUUAUUGCGUCAGCGGUGAGGACGCCAAUCGGUCGUUUUAAUGGAUCACUGAAGAAACUCACUGCCCCGGAACUUGGUGUCGUGGCUACAAAAGGCGCGAUUGAAAAAGCUGGCUUAAAACCAGAACACAUUGAAGAAAUCUAUUUUGGCAAUGUCCUGCAGGCAAAUAUAGGUCAAUCUCCUGCACGACAAGUCGCCCUUGGAUCAGGUUGUCCAACUUCAACUGAAGCGACAACAAUCAAUAAAGUUUGCGCAUCUGGUAUGAAAGCCGUCAUAUUGGCCGCACAGAAUUUAGCACUAGGUGAUAGAUCAAUCAUGGUUGCUGGUGGAAUGGAGAGUAUGUCUAAUACACCAUUUUAUUCUUCUAGAAAUGCCGUUUAUGGUCAUCAGCAAUUGAUCGAUGGUAUAAUUAAGGACGGAUUAUGGGAUGUCUACGAUCAGAUACAUUUUUUCAUACAGCAUGGUACAGUGGGCAAUUGCGCGGAGAAUACAGCAAAGAAAUACGGCAUUUCUCGAGAGGCUCAGGAUGAACACGCCAUUGAAUCUUAUAAGCGUGCAGCUAAUUCUUGGAAGAAUGGUAUCUUUAAAGCUGAAGUGAUACCGGUGGUAAUCAAAGAUCGUAAAGGAGAAAUAAUUGUUGAUGAAGAUGAAGAUUACAAAGCUGUCAAAUUUGAUAAAAUUCCUCAAUUGAAACCGGCCUUCCAAGCAGAUGGAACUGUAACAGCGGCCAAUUCAUCUAAUAUUAAUGAUGGUGCAAGCGCUUUGGUUCUUACAACUAGUGAAAAGGCCGAGGAACUCGGUAUUAAGCCAUUGGCACGUAUUGUCUCAUACGGUGAUGUUGCCGUUGAUCCCAUAGACUUUACAAUUGCCCCAUCACACGCGCUACCAUUGGCAUUGAAAAAGGCUGGACUACAAAUUUCAGACAUUAGUCUUUUUGAAUUCAAUGAAGCAUUCAGUGUCGUUGCACGUGCUAAUGAACAAAUAUUAGGAUUGGAUCCAAAGAAAGUUAAUAUUGCUGGUGGAGCUGUAGCGUUAGGCCAUCCAAUUGGAUCGUCAGGAGCUCGCAUCUUAGUAACAUUAACGCAUUUGCUUAAAUCGGGGCAACUCGGUGCAGCGACAAUAUGUAAUGGUGGUGGAGCUGCUUCGUCAAUUAUUAUUGAAAAACUUUAA